CGAAUUUUUGAGUCGAAGAAACAAAAUGGCGGACGCCGAGGGCAAGUUUUCUUUUGUCACAGAAGGCGAACACGAGCUCAUUUUAGGGAGCUCUCUUAACCAAAACGCAAAACAGGAAUAUGCCUUUCAUACCAUAAGAUAUGAUUUCAAGCCUGCAUCAGUUGAUUCAACAAAAGCAAGUGAACUUGUUGUGGGAGAUAAAAGCGAAGUUACUAUAACAGUCCCUCAUAUCCAGGAUUCUGGAGCUACAGUUUACAAAGGAUCCAAGAGACCUUGCCCUAAAGAAUUUUUAUUAAUUAUUGACAAAAAGACACAGACAUUCACAUUAGAAAGAAUAGGAUCAACAAGUCAGAUGAAAAAAAUCAGAUCUGCAAAUCCAGUGAAGUUAAACAAGGCACAAGCCUCCAGUAGUACCAGUAUUCUACCCGAAACCAAAACAACCAAAAAAAUUAAAUCAAAUUCAACUAAAACUAAAAAACAUCAUCAACAAGAACCAUCUUUAUCUUCAUCACAAGUACAGGAAUCUUUAACAAUACAAAAGACUGAACCUACAGAGAAUACAGAAUUAUUAGAAUCAGCAGAUUCAUCCUCAUCUAGUGACAGCUCUUCUUCUGACUCAGAAAAUGAAGACAAGAAUGACGAUGAUGAUGAUGAUGACAACGAUGAUGAUGAUGAYGAUGACGAUGAGGAGGACGAUGGUGAUGAUGAUAAAAUUGAUGACAAACAUGUGGAACAACUUAACAGCAUUCUCAAUUGUCAGCUUGACUCAGAACCAAAGCCAACAGAAUUUAAUCAACUUUCACAAGACUUACAUUUAAGUGAAUCAGGGAGUGAUAGCGACUAGUCUCURUGGUAACAGAGUUAUAUCAAUUGAUAAAAACCAAUGCAAAUGAAUUUAUUCCAAAUAAUUUAAAUAAGCUAUGAUCUAUAUCUCGAGAUCCCCAGUAUGACGGUCUGGGAGGUGUGAUAGUGCUAUUAUAUGAUGGUGUUGAAUAGAAUAGCCACUUCUCUCAGCAACCCUCGCUUUUUCCUUCAUGGGAAUCCUGUGUUGUAAAAGUCUUAAAGAAGAGGAGAGCUGAAAAAAAAAUUCUUGUACCUAGUGUCUCUCAUCACUUUUAAUACACAGGGAUCCCAAGUCCAAUCCCUGAUAUAUAAGGAGCUGCAAAAAGGAAAAGUUAGUGAGAGUUGUCUAAGGAUGAAAGUAGAUAAAUAAUAGUGCUAGAUAUGUUAUAUAUGGCUCAGUGCUAAAGAUUACGACAAUACUUUCUAUUGCUGGCAGAUUGAAGUAUUGUCCUGGACAAUGAACAACGGUUCUGCCGUAACACCACACAUCUGAAAUUAGUUGUGUGGAGAAAAUGAGAUUGAGAAAAGACCACAUGUUAAUGAUGUAACAGCGAUACUUCUACUACAUCGGUUCUCGUAGGACUGAAAACUGUGCACAAAAGUUCAAAAGAAAAAAUCCAAAAUUAUUUUGAAAGUCAAACGACAAYUAAAACCUUGCACACUAUUUCAGAUAACAAGUGCUUGAACUAAUAAAUAUUCGAAUGUUCUUCCAGUUUC